GUCCUCUUUUAGCGCCAAAUCCACAUUUUUAUUCGCUAGCGUGGUUAUUAACUUUGUUGCUAAACUUGUUCGUCUUGUUGUAAUUGCAACGUGCACCUCUUGUUUGUCUUCAUUUAGGUCUAUAUAAGAAUCAGUUUAACAGCAACAGGAUGGUGGGAGAGAAUGUUGUGGGUUCGAGUAGGAACGAACACGAGGACGACGCUACCAUUCCGUUGAGAUCAACUGGACAGAAAUUACCGAGCUCUGCAUGCGACGAUGACAACAUUACCCCGAAUUCUGACUCUUCAGCUUCGAAAUUCGUCUACGUUUUGGCUUUCUUUAGCGCCAUCGGUGGCUUCCUGUUUGGAUACGAUACGGGUGUCGUGUCGGGUGCUAUGUUGAUUAUCCGGAAAGAAAUGGAAUUGAGCAAUGCAUGGCAUGAAGCUAUCGUGGCAUCCACCAUUGCAGCAGCCUGGAUCUUUUCAUUAUUUGGUGGCUACCUUUCUGAUCGAUUGGGUCGUAAGCCCGUCAUUUUGGCCGCUAGCGUCGUUUUCACUGUCGGAUCUAUCAUAAUGGGAGCUGCCGAUGGCAAGGAAGUUCUACUCGCUGGUCGUAUUGUCGUCGGCAUCGGAAUCGGUUGGAUGUCGACGACCGUCUCCGUCUACAUAGCUGAGGCAAGUCCAGCGCAUCUUCGUGGCCGUCUGGUAGCCUUCCAGAGCGUCAUGAUAACGAUGGGACGUUUCUUUGGAGCGUUGGCAUCUGCCGUGGCGUUCACGCUUUAUCCGCCCGUUACCGGACGGAAACAGCCUGUCCUGAUGAUGACAACUGAUUUGCUAACGGCCACCAAAGCUGCUGGAGCUCAUCUUUCUCAUUCUCACCAUCACUUGCCAUUCCGUCUUCAAUGGCUGGACGUGCUGAAUUUCUCCAGCCGCAGGUACAUGUUGGGCAUAGCAGCAAUUCCGGCUGUGGUCCAGUUUGUUGGUUUCCUGCUGAUGCCCGAAAGUCCACGCUGGCUCUUUAGCCACGGCAAGCCGGAAGAAGCUCGCAAAGUUCUCCAACGCAUUCGUGGACCGUGCCACAACAUUGAUGAUGAGCUCGAAGCGAUUAAAGCCUCGGUGGACGAAUCGGAGCGUGAACUCGGAUACCGACGACAGAGAGGCCAGACAGCCAAUGUCAUCAUUCAAAUCCUUCAAAGUGCGCCCGUCCGUCGGGCACUUUUCCUCGGUUGCUUGUUGCAAAUGUUCCAGCAAAUUGCAGGCAUCAACACCGUCAUGUACUACAGCGCCACCAUUAUUCAAAUGGCCGGAUUCUACGAUACGGCUAAAGCAAUUUGGCUCUCGGCAUUGGUGGCUUCCGUCAAUUUCAUUUGCACUUUUCUCGGCAUCUAUUUGGUGGAGAAAGUCGGCCGACGUCGACUCACGCUCGGCUCCCUAUUGGGUGUCGUUUUGUCCUUGGCUUUCCUAGCCGUUGGAUUCAUGAUCGUUGAUUCCAAUGGCUACGCCGUGACGGAAUUCUAUCACAACAAGACCGAUCUCUGCAAUUCAGCUUUGGAAUGCAACGAAUGCAACUCCAUCAUCGAUUGCGGAUUCUGUUUUAUGGACAAUCCAGCCAGCGGCGGUAUCUUGAAAGGCUCCUGUCUUUUAAGCAAAGAGAAUUCCACAUUUAUGUCAGACUACGGGCCGUGUAGCAAUCUAUCCAGCAUGGCCGGAUUUUCUGGUAGUGCUGCUGCUGCUGGCCAAUCGCCAUUCAUUUAUGCUUAUGGGUGGUGCCCGUCACCCCAUGGCUGGAUCACCGUCUUGGGAUUGAUGACUUAUCUCCUCUUUUUCGCUCCAGGAAUGGGACCGAUGCCGUGGACCAUCAACGCCGAGAUCUACCCACUUUGGGCCAGGAGCACGUGCAACAGCAUCGCCACUUCUACCAAUUGGUUCUUCAAUUUCCUCGUCUCCAUGACGUUCUUGACCAUCACCGAGAUCUUAACACGUCAAGGUGCUUUCAUUUUCUAUUGCGCACUAUCCACCGUCGGGCUCCUCCUCUUUUGGUGGCUCCUGCCGGAAACUAAAGGUCGAACACUGGAAGAAAUGGAAGUCGUUUUUAGUCGCCCGAGGAGUUGCCCGAUGCCUUGGGGAAGCUGGACAUCUAAGAAAUCGAAAACGGGCGAUAUCGCAUCAAGUCCAGACAGUGGUCCGGAAUCCAGCAAAAAUGUCCAAUUCCACGAUUCGAGUCGAAUUUGAAUCAACGACAUAUCUCCUCACCACAGGUAUCUACCGAGAGCUUGAAACAUUAUACAAAACAUAUGCGAGUACCGUAUUAGAAAGAAGAAGCCAAAAAUCGUGAAGGCCAGGAAAACUCGUGCAAACCCCACAAAGAAAUCAGAUAUCUAAUUUUUUUUUCACUACCAAUUGUUCUUUUUUAUAAAAAAAGAGACUGCAAUUUUUUUGAUUUAUUUUCUGUUUGAUUUUGUUAUAUGUGCAUCGUGGAAACCACAAUUUUUUUUUCAAAAUGCGCUUGUCAAAGUUUGUCUGUCUCUGUUUUCCCGUUCUUUGCUUUCCAUUUCAAACGUGACAUUAUUUUAUGAUCAGUGUGAUUGUGUAUCAACGUUUGUCGCCAAGACUGAAAAAACUUUCGAGAUUUAUAAACAAGAAAUCCCCAAGCAAAUGA